AUGGAGAAAGUCAAGAACUCAAAGGUCGCCCAUUGGAGCGACAAGCUCGCCGUCGAAAGCGAGCAAGGCUUGACGACCGCGCAGCUCAUGCUCUUUAACCACGAUCUUAAACCUGUCGAACCCGCGCGUCGUCAAUGGGGGCCAUGGAACUUCGUGGGUUUCUGGGUCGCUGACUCGUUCAACAUCAACACAUGGAUGAUUUCAUCCAGCAACAUCGCCGAUGGCCUGUCUUGGUGGCAGAGCUGGAUUUGUGUUUGGCUCGGCUACUCUAUCGCAGCAUGCUUCGUAUGCCUCACAGGUCGCAUUGGCGCAACCUACCACAUCUCAUUCCCCGUCGUCAACCGCUCCUCGUUCGGCAUCUGGGGAGCACUCUGGCCCGUCUUCAACCGCGCCGCCAUGGCCUGCAUCUGGUACGGUGUGCAGGGCUGGAUUGGCGGCACUUGCGUCUACCUGAUGAUUCGCAGCAUAUGGAACAACUGGCGCGACGAAACCGAACCCGGCGGCGGCGGCAUCAAGAACGGCAUUCCCUCCUCGGGCACCAACACGGUCGCGUUCGUCUCCUUCUUCCUGUUUUGGGCGGGAUCCCUUCCAGCUCUCUGGUUCCCUGUCCACAAGAUUCGUCAUCUUUUCACCGUCAAAGCCUUUUUCGUCCCCGUAGCCGGCAUCGCCUUCUUCAUCUGGGCCGUUGUCCGCGCAAAGGGUCUUGGUCCCAUCGUUAAGCAGCCUGGGACGGCAAAAGGCUCAGAACUGGGCUGGCUCAUGGUCCGCGGCGUCAUGUCUGCCAUCGCAAACUUCGCAACCCUUAUCGUGAACGAUCCAGAUUUUGCCCGUUUCGCCCGUAAACCAAAAGACGCUCUUUGGUCCCAACUCUUCACCAUUCCCCUCGGUUUCGCAGUAACUUCCUUCAUCGGCAUCAUCGUAGGCUCCUCAUCCACCGUCAUCUUCGGCGGCGACCCAAUCUGGAAUCCCCUCGACCUCCUCGAAAAAUUCCUCGACGAAGGCAAAGGCAGCGGUCAACGUUUCGGCGUCUUCAUCAUCGCCGCAGCCUUCACCCUCGCGCAACUCGGCACCAACAUCGCCGCAAACUCCGUGUCCGCAGGUACAGAUCUCACCGCGCUCGCGCCACGCUGGAUCAACAUCCGCCGUGGCGGCUACAUCUGCGCACUCGUCGGCCUCGUCAUGUGUCCCUGGAACCUCCUCAAGGACACAAACUCCUUCACCACCUACCUCUCCGCGUACUCGGUCUUCCUCUCCUCCAUCGCCGGCGUCAUGGUCUGCGACUACUACUUCGUCCGCAAAGGCUACCUCCAGAUCCGCGAGCUCUACUCGGGCAAAGCUUCGGGUCCGUAUUACUACACCUGGGGCAUCUCGCUGCGCGCCUACGCCGCCUACAUUUCGGGAAUCGCCAUCAACGUAGUCGGCUUCGCGGGCGCAAUCGGUCGCGACGUCCCCAUCGCUGCCCGCCACAUUUACGAUCUUAACUUCUUCGCCGGCUUCAUCGUCAGCGCCUCCGUGUACUAUGGCCUCUGCUGGGUCUGGCCCAUCCCCGCGACUAGCAGCGUGUGGUUGGAAGUCGGAGACGAAAUCGAGGAGAUUUCGGUCGCGUAUCGCGAUAGCGAUGGGAGUGCCGCUGGGUACGAUGAGGAGGUUGUUACGGGGGGUAGUGGGAAGGGCAUUGUCCAGGAUCAUGAGCCUGCGAGGAAAUAUUGA